CCCGACCAUGGAACAACUUUUGUCCGUAUAUAAACCUGAGGGCAGUUUUCAGACGUAUAUUGAGGUUCUACUUUCUGUAUCCCUCAGUAUCUAUGCUUUGCUGCUGGGAUACAAAGGUCAUCAAGUGAUACAUCUCUCUCUCGCGCAUGAAUCCUGUAUACCUGAACCCUCCUCAAGCUCCUUCCUUUCCUCUUUUGGAGCGAAAGGAAGAUCAGACCAUGCAGUUCUUCAUUUCGCCUCAUCAAGAACCGCCGUCCCCACCGUCUUCUUCCUCUACGCUAUGUGCUUCUUGUGCAAACAGAACCGAAGAUCGAAGUCACGGUCCAUGUGGAAGAUCAGAAACUUCUGUAGAAAAGGCCGACCGACAUGGCGGAUCCAAACACAUGCGGCUUUUCCCAUCUUCGUCUUCGCUCCAGCCGAUGGUUAGCGAAAGCGAAACUAGCGAUCGAGGACAACAGAAGUCUUUUCCCUUCAAUGGCGGAAAUGGGGAGGAGGUCAGCAGAGAUUUCGGCAUCAAAUGGAUGCCCUUGAAAAUGAGGUUCAUGCAGAAGAUGAAGGACACAGCAUAUGGCAAUGGAUCUACAGAAGACGAGAGCCUGCAAGCUGGGGACGAGUUUGCAAAGAACCAUCAUCGGCAAGAUCGUACCGAGAUUAGGUUUUCGAGUAGCGGCAACAACGCCAUAAGGGUGUGUGCAGAUUGCAACACGACCACGACCCCUCUUUGGAGGAGUGGCCCUCGAGGCCCCAAGUCUCUUUGCAAUGCAUGCGGGAUUCGCCAGAGGAAGGCAAGACGAGCCAUGGAAGAAGCUACUGCAGCAGCCGCCGCCGGGGGGCAGCGGCUGCGACAACCGACCCAACCUCAGCGCGGUUGAAAGGGCACAACAAGGAAAAGAAAUCACGCGCAGGUCAUGCUGGACAAAUAUGCAAGAAACAAAGCAAGCAAUCCGCCAAUCAAGCCGAUUCUUCCUCUCGCGGCGAAAAGAAGCUCUUCUUCGGGGAUUUCACCCUAGGGCUGAGCAAAAG